AUGCGUGUGCUGCAGAGCGAGGCGGAGGCGCACACGGAGAAGUGGGGCCUGGAGGCGGGGCUGUGGAAGGUGUGGAGCGACAAGAACGCCGACGGCUUGACCAAGGGCCAGCAGGCCAAGCAGCUUCUGGCGCGGUACGGCAGCGCCUACCUGCUGACCUCCAUCUCCUUUGCUGUCGUGUCCAUGGCCGCAUGCUACCUGGCUGUGGAUGCGGGCGUGGAUGUGGCGGCGCUGCUGGAGCGCAUCGGCCUCAAUGUGACCAGCACCAGCGAGACUGUGGGCACAUUUGCCAUUGCGUAUGCCGCCCACAAGGCGCUGUCCCCGGUGCGCUUCCCGCCCACCGUGGCGCUCACCCCCGUGGUGGCGCGCUGGCUGGGCAAGGAGCCGGCGGCGCCGGCAGCCGAGCCCGGCAGCAGCGGCAGCGGCGGCGGCAGCGAGUGA